AUGCCUUUCUUCCCCUGGCUCGCCGCCACAGUCUGGCCCCUCGUCCCCAUCAUCGCUUUCGGGAUUGGCUACAAUGUGGGAGUCGAUGAGCAUCACGCCCCUCCUCCUGGCCCUCCUAAUGGCCUUCAGACUGCCGGUCCUCCAAACAUGUCUCCCACAAACGCUGCUACUGGCGCUCCUGCCGGUCCCCCAAACGCAUCCCCUACCAGCAUGGUCACCAGCGUGACUACCAGCUCUCCUGCCGGCCCUCCAGCCGUCACUCCCACUGGCCCUCCUGCCGGCGUUUCCACAGGCGCUCCCGCAGGCCCUCCAAACGUCCUCCGCGACACCUCAGCCCAGGAGUCCCAACUCAUCCUGCAAAUCAACCACACCGCGCUCGCCCCACAGGAGCUCCGGCGCCUGCGAGGCCUGCAGAUGAAAGUCGCCUCAGACGGCCACGAAGCUCUCUUCAGCGUACCAGGCGACUUUGAAGCCGACGGGAACAUCACAGGCAUCUGGGACGCACCAUCCAACGGCCUCAAGCAAGGCGGCCUCUCCUUCUUCAUCCCCGGCCUCCUCACCCCCGUCCAGGGUUGGUGGGCUACCCUCCCCCAAAUGACGGCCGACGAGCGUGAGGACAUCAAGGAGGCGUUUGAGACCAUCUACGAGACGCUCGUCUCGCAGCAGCCGCACGUGCCGGAGCCGUGGCAGUUUCCGAAUGCGACGGAGAGGCUGGGAUUGUUUGAGUUGAUUGGGAAGGUGGUGGAGCGGUUGGUGCACGUUGAGUUUAAUGGCACGCAGGCCUAA